AUGCGAGCUGAGCUUGAGGAGAUGAGGUCGCUUGCCAAGCCCAUGCCUUCACACGUGCAGCUGGGCAGCAAGGAAGCGCAGUACAAGAUGCGAAUGCAAAGGCUCAAGGCCGAGCUCCUUCAGAGAGACGAGCAGCUGGUCAACACCCAGAAGGCCUGCCAGCUCUCGGAGGAAGCCCAGAGUGAACUCUUCGAGGAGGAGCUGGCAGACUUGCAGCGGCGUUACCAGGAUCUCUCGAAGAAGCAGAUGCAUGCCAAAGCGGACCUGCAGGAGGCUUCUUGUGUGCUAGCCAAUAUUCCGACCGCCACGAGCGCUGCUGCAACCCAGGUGCAGAAGACCUGGCGCUGCAAGGCAGAGGUGCGGCAGCUGAAGGAGGCGCGGCGUGCGGCCGCCACUCUCCAGCGUGCCUGGCGGAGGACGGCGCGGCGACAUGCCGCAAAGCGCGGCAGGCGGCGAGAGCAUGCCAGGCGCCAUGUGGCUGCCACAGCGCUUCAGUGCUCCUGGCGGGGUGUAAAGGCAAGACGGGAGCUGUGCGAGCGCAUAGAGCUGCGAGGCAUUGAGGAAGAGGAGAGGGUGGGCGAGGAUGAUGAGCUCCCGGAUUUCCUGUCACAGACAGGGCCGGAACACCCCUUCAGCCCUACAGCGCAGAUGGAAGCCGAUUCUCUGAUGGAGCUCACCGAGGACCAGAGCCCCUGCAGCCCUGGGGCCGCGAGUGAGGAUGCGGAGGACGACAGCAGCUCCGACUACGAAGACAGCCCGCGAGGGCUCGAAGACGUUCAGCGCACCAGGAACCAAGACGCGAAAGCGGACGAAACUCUAAGCCAAGGAGGGGCAGAGCUGCAGAUGAGCGAGAAAGGAGAUGGGGUUCCAGUCACAGCACAGAGCGAGCAAGAGCGCCCAGUUGCCCAAAGCUCCAAGGACCGAGAUCCAGACGAAGAACAGGCUUCGAGCAUGGAUGGCGAUACUCAGGCCAAUAGAGACAAAGAUGGGCCUGCCGCGGGCGAAGAGGUUGAAAGCCACAAGGUUCGUGAUGCAGAAGGAGACGCAGAGGCACACAGCGAGAAAGAUCAGCCUGAAACGGUUGAAGAGGCUGCAAGCUCCCAAGGUCGCGAUUCAGACGGAGAUGCAGACAUGCCCAGCGAGAAAGAUGAGCCUGGCGAAGAGGUUGCAAGCCCCAAGGAUCGCGAUGCAGAACAAAGCCAGAAAGAUGAGGGCGAAGAGGUUGAAAGCCACAAGGAUCAUGAUGCAAAAGGAGAUGCAGAGGCACACAGCGAGAAAGGUGAGCCUGCAACUGGUGAAGAGGUUGCAAGCUCCCAAGCUCGCGACGCAGAAAAAGACGCAGAGGCACUAAGCGAGGAACGUGAGCCUGCAGCAGGCACAGAGGUUGCAAGCUCUCACGGUCGCGAUGCAGAAGAAGAAGCAGAGGCGCAAAUCGAGAAAGACGAGCCUGCAGCAGGCGAAGGGGUUCAAACCAACAAAGAUCAUGACGCAGAAGCAGAUGCAGCAGAGGCGCAAAGCCAGAACGAUGAACCUGCGGCCGAAGAGGUUGAACGCCGCAGGGAUCAUUACGCAGAAGGAGAUGCAGAGGCACCCAGCGAGAAAGAUGAGCCUGCAGCAGGCGAAGAGGCUACAGAAGCAGAAGGAGACGCAGAGGCGCGAAGCCAGAACGAUGAGCCUGCAGCGGUUGAAAGCCACAAGGAUCAUGACGCAGAAGGAUAUGCAGAGGCAGCACGUGAGCAAGAUGAGCCCGAAGCGGUCGAAGAGGUUGAAAGCGACAAGGACCGUGAUGCAGAAAGAGAUGCAGAUGCACCAAGCGAGAACGAUGAGCCUGCGGCGGGUGAAGAGGUUGAAAGCCACAAGGAUCAUGUCGCAGAGGGAGAGGCCCAGGCGCGAAGCGAGGAAGAUGAGCCUGCAGCCUGCGAAGAGGUUGAAAGCCGCAAGGAUCGUGAUGCAGACGGAGACGCAGAGGCGCAAGUCGAGAAAGAUGAGCCAGCAGCCUGCGAAGAGGUUGAAAGCAACAAGGAUCGUGAUGCUGCCGCAGAAGGGGGCGCAGAUGCGCAAAUCAAGAACGAUGAGCCUGCAGCAGGCGCAGAGGUUGAAAGCCGCAAGGAUCGUGAAAGCGAAGCUGGUAGUCCAAGAGCUCAAUUACAUCAGGAGCUCGAGCAGUCGAAACACGAAGCUGCUGCCGGGGAUGCCGCGGAUGUAGCAGCCACCUCCCAUGCGGGACGAGAUGGCGAAGAGGCGCUUGCUUCAUCAGCAGCGAGGGAUGUCGGCGCUCUUCCAGCCCAAGUCGAGGCACGCGAAGCUCCGCACAGGGAGAGCCGAGACGAGCCGGACGGGAGACCGUCGCCCGCAGCGUCGCCCGCUCCCAGGACGCGCGAGGCGCCCAAAGCGGCACCAGCGCCGCCAGCGCCAGCGCCAGCGAGGCCGGCGAGGCCCUUGCAGAGCAGACCUCAGCGGCCGCCAGCAGCUUCAAAUGACUCGGACUCGGACGAUUGA